CGUGCCCCGGCUCUUAUUGUGCAGCCGAGGAAACGUCCGAAGGUUUCGACGGCGUCGGUAUGAAAUGGCAGAAACAGUCUGUGUCGCGGAAGCACUGAGAUUAGCUUACAUUGAAGCUACACAUGCAUCGUGUGGUGAUCCCGGUCAGCUAAAUUGAGGCUAGCGGGAGGUUGUCCGGAGGAAAAGUGGAUUAAAGGCCAGUAUUUCCUGGCCCAAAACAAGCCCCCGUUCUGCUUUGGUCCCCGGCUGGCAGCGACUCGAGCGGCGACUGCAGGUCGACACUGCUGGACUCAACCGGAGAGGGAUCUUGAGAAGGAAAGCCUUUUUGGAUGCCUGGUCUUGGCGUUUCUCCAAGGCUUCACCAUGAACCGGAACAAGCGUGAAAAGGAGUACUACAGUAUAGAUGUAGGGGACUCAACUUUUACAGUUUUAAAGCGCUACCAGAACCUCAGACCCAUUGGGUCCGGAGCACAGGGAAUUGUCUGUUCGGCGUAUGACCAUAACCUGGAGAGGAAUGUCGCCAUCAAGAAGCUGAGUCGGCCAUUUCAGAAUCAAACUCACGCCAAACGGGCCUACAGAGAACUAGUGCUCAUGAAAUGUGUCAACCACAAGAACAUCAUUGGCUUAUUAAAUGUAUUCACACCACAGAAAACACUGGAGGAGUUCCAAGAUGUGUAUCUCGUCAUGGAACUGAUGGAUGCCAACCUCUGUCAGGUGAUUCAGAUGGAACUGGACCACGAAAGGCUGUCCUACCUGCUCUACCAGAUGCUGUGUGGAAUCAAACACCUUCAUGCUGCAGGCAUCAUACACAGGGACCUGAAGCCCAGCAACAUUGUAGUUAAGUCUGACUGCACACUGAAGAUCCUGGACUUUGGCCUCGCCAGGACUGCCGCCACCGGCCUCCUCAUGACGCCCUACGUGGUUACCCGCUACUACCGCGCGCCUGAAGUCAUCCUAGGCAUGGGUUACCAGGCCAACGUUGAUGUCUGGUCUGUUGGAUGCAUCAUGGCUGAAAUGGUCCGAGGUAGUGUGUUGUUUCCAGGCACUGAUCAUAUCGACCAGUGGAAUAAGGUUAUCGAGCAGCUGGGGACGCCGUCCCAGGAUUUCCUCAUGAAGCUCAACCAGUCUGUGAGAACCUACGUGGAGAACCGGCCGCGUUACGCCGGCUACAGUUUUGAGAAGCUCUUCCCAGACGUGCUGUUUCCUGCUGACUCUGACCACAACAAGCUAAAAGCAAGCCAAGCCCGAGACCUUCUAUCCAAGAUGCUGGUAAUAGAUGCUUCAAAGCGGAUCUCGGUGGACGAGGCUCUGCAGCACCCCUACAUCAACGUGUGGUACGACCCGACUGAAGUGGAGGCACCUCCACCUAUGAUCACAGACAAGCAGCUGGAUGAGAGAGAGCACACCGUGGAGGAAUGGAAAGAGUUGAUCUAUAAAGAAGUGUUGGACUGGGAGGAGAGGACGAAGAACGGAGUGAUCAGGGGCCAGCCUGCGUCCAUAGCACAGGUGCAGCAGUGAGCAGCAGCCCCCAGCAGCACCACCAGCACCAUCCCUCCUCUUCCACCUCCAUGUCCACCGACCCGAUGCUGACUGACACGGACAGCAGCCUGGAGACGGCCAACACCACCGCAGUUGCUGCUCCGCCCACCUCUGACCCCGUGGGUUGCUGCAGAUGACUAUCAGGCCAUCAUCCCGGUUUUGGUUGUAGUUGCACUUCAUGGCUACCCCCAGGACCUGACGGCGGCGCCACUCAUCGUAUUCUCUCCAUCUUUUAGCCUGAUUACCAAACUUUUCUCUCAGUUUUUUAAACAUGUAUAGAAUUUUAUUACCUUGUUUCAAACUAUAAUUUCUUCCUGUCCAGCUAUAAUUUAUUUCUGCGUUUCUUACUUUUUUCCCACAAACAUGGAACAAUUGGUUUUUUCUUGUUUUAGUGAGAAAAUACGGAUCUACCUAUAAGACAUUUUAAUGUGACCUGUUUUUUAGUUUGUUUUUCCUUGUAAGCGGCGACUUCUUCGACUUGCCAUAUAAACGUAGAUUGAGUUUGUACAGAUUUAAUGAAGUUAAAUGUAGAUUUGCAGUGAGCCAUUGAAACCUGAUUCGAUGUUCAAAUGGAUGGUCUUAGCAGUGCCAGUGGAUGUUUUUACCUGACGUAAUAAGGAUAAUGUUUUCAGGCAUCAGACAUGUCUGUUUAUUUAUACCGAGAUUAUUUAGAUUUAUUUGUAAAAAAACAAAAUACAACAUUUUUGCGAGAACUACGUUGUAAAGUUUUACUUUUUACGAAGGCUUUGGAAUCUGUCGCUGAAGUUGGAGUUUACGCGACGACACACGUAGGUUCUGCGGGAUCUUACCUAACGACCGUCUCUGUUGUUCUAAGUGCUUUAGAGGACCUCCGUAACCGUUUGGGACUGUGGAAUGUUCUUCGUUGUGCUUUGGGACGGUUGUUUUGCUUUUUUAUUCAAGACGUAUGGAGAGGUUUUCUGAUCAGUUAUGAUGAAAUGUACUUUGGUCAAGUAGGGAACAUUGGGGAAGCUUGAGAAUGUGAUUGAUGUGUGAUGUCGUGAAGUGGGAAGAGAUUCUGGAAGUGAGACGAAGAAAAUCCGUAAGUAAUUCAACUCUUUUAUUCUGACUUGCUUGGCGUUUUAAAUCCAACCUAAGUAAUUAGCAAAUCCAGCCCGAGUUCUUACUGGAUGCAAUAACGUUACCUGGUGGAGUGUCUGCUUUUACUUUGAAAGGAUAAGUGCCUGUUUGUCCUUCAUUCCUGAUAGCCUGUGAGGAUUUGUGAGUUUUUGUAGUUUCCAUGACAGAACAAUAGCGUGUGACGGGUUUGUGGUUCUCACAAAUUAUAUUUUUCUACUUAUUUUGGAUUUUAUGUUUUGGACUCAGGAGCAGGAGGGUGCUGUCUUAAGGGCGUGAGACGAUGAGAUCGAGGUGCUUAAUAAUGAAAGGAUUUGAGAAGAAAAGGCAGGUUUAUCAAGGUCUUUCAUCAAAGUUAGAAGUUUUUUUUUUUUUUUUUGCAGUGACGAUGACCAGAAAACGUUUUAUUACCUUUCAUGAAUGCUUACUAAAUCGGAUAAUUGUAAGAGAGAAUUUUUUUGUUUCUUCUACUUUAUUGAGUGUUUUUAUCGUUGCUUAUUGAUAGCUGUUGGGAACGUAGACGGAUGGUUUUGUUACAGAAACAGAGCCAGUCUACCACAGUGUUGCUGUAGUUCUGUAAAGUUUGUGGUACCAGCUGUGAGAAACCAUUGCUCAACUUUGUUUCUUUAACACGGCUGCUAGGAAACAGUGGCAUAAAAUUCAGUUUAUAAUGUUAUAAAGUAGUGUGUAGGAGCUGCAAAGUUUUAUUUAUCUCCCAGCUGCUGCCGUUUGGAAAAUUAUGUAAGGCUGAAUGUAGAAUUACGUUUAGCAAUUAAUGCAACUGCACUACAGCUUCCUCUCUCUGGUGGUGGCCAGCUGUUAUGUUUAAGUUGGAUCGUCAAAACUUUAAAAAUCAGUUCCAUACUAAACACAGCAGAAAAAUAAACCACUUUCCUUGUUGGCGUUUUGUAAGAGAAGUCAGUUUGAAAUGUGCUGAAAAACCAAGCUUUCAUUUAGGCUUUAUUCCUGUUUUAUUAUUAGUGUUUCAGGGUUUUCAGAAGGGUUGUGUGAAAAUGUUACAAACAGGAUGCUUUUAGAUGGUCUCAUUCUGGAACAAAAUGAGAUUACCACUAACUGGAUUGAUAAGCUAAUGGCUAGUCACAGUAGAAUGAGAACAUUCAUAGUUUUAUACCACGAUUUCUGCUGUGUCUGACAUGGUGUCUUACAGGAGAUAUUCCUGCCCACAGGAAUAUGCUAUAUGUGCUCACAAAUUUAUUUUACAUAACAUUGAAUGAAAACUAAUGGCGGUCCAUCCAUCCAUCCAUUUUCAACCGCUUAUUCGGAGUCGGGUCACGGGGGCAACAGCCUAAGCUGAGACGCCCGGACUUCCCUCUCCUCAGCCACUUGGGCCAGCUCUUCCGGGGGAAUCCCAAGGCGUUCCAGAGAUUGGAGAGCCCGACACAAAGUCCCCAGCUUCUGCUUCCUCACUGGCUCCGUCUGACAGGAGGCUCCGCCAGACGUUCUCAGCAGGCCCUCACAAUACAUUUGGGCCUAAACUAAAGGCGGCCAUUUGCAUAAAUCGAAGGUAAUUGCCCUUCUGAGCCUGGCCGUUAGUUUAUCUAUCUGAUCAUACUCACUACUCACUUGACUAAGUGUGUUACCAGAUGUGUCUUGGUCAGCUGGGAGAAUCAACGAAAUGACUUUUAUAUCCAAAUUGAGGCCACUGACAGUGCUAACUCUGACCGUACAGCCAAAAUAAUAUUAUUGUUUAUUGCAGUUGUACAAAAACCCCAAAUUGUCCGAACUAUUGCUCCAACAUAUAUUCCUUAUUAUUAUUGUGACAGACAUUAGUGGCACAGAGCAUACAUGGGCACGGUUUAUAUAAAUAUACACAAAACAUUAAACAAAUGGGGAUGCAGUCCAGGAGUUUUGGGAGUUAGCUUGUCAGCUAGCUUCACAACUUCUCAUGUUCUCCCAAGCUAACACUCAAAUAUUAGCCGUGUUUAUCUGCUCGCUCUCGUUCGUGUUUCUGUUAAACGUAUUGAUAAAAUCGUUGGCUUAGACAGAAGCACACCUGUGGAUUUAAAGCUACAAAUAAUUCAAACUUUGUCAAAUAUUUCAAAUAGCUUCAUAUGUACAUUUGCUUGUCUGUCAGCUACACUAAAGCUGCAGAAAAGCUUAUUAAGACACCUUUAGCUUGUCCCCUAACUACACAGAAAUAUGUUUACCAGAGAACUACUGUAAAUAUUUGAUACUUACACUUAAUCACUGAACUGUUCUAAUAACCUGUUAAAGACUAAACGCUUAAAUCGGCAUGCACAUGACCUCUACUUGUUAGUUCGACGGACCUUGUUUUCAUCAUUUGACUCCAAGUUUGGACUUUAUAUUUAUUUGAACCCUUAAAUAGUAACAGCUGCUACCACCAAUAAGUGAAAACAUUACUGAUCAUUUACUUUUAAGUUAAGCCAAAUAGUUAAAGUAUAACACCUAACUGCAGCAGUUAUGCGGCUUUUAAGGAGUGAAAGUAAAUUUCCAAUAUGAAGAAUAGAGAAAGAUAUCUGUUUAAUGGCGGUCGGCACGCAGGAACAAUAGGGGGAAAAAUAAACAAUUCUGAUUUUAGCUGGAGAAAAUGAUUUACUCACAAAAGUGCUCUUAAUCUUUUUGGCUCAACAUUAGGAGGAAUUAUCUGAGCAAUCUUUUCUUCUUGUUGCAGUUAAAGUAUUAUUUCAUCUCUGAGCAGUUUUCUUCUGGUUUAGGUCGGCUUUGAUGAACUACCUCAUGCUGAAUUUCUGCCAGUUCUUGCAAAUAUUCUGUCGCCUGCAGAAUUAGCUAUCGAAGGUGUGUGAAUAACAGAUUCCAUUAUUUAUUUAUUUGAAAGUGUACUAUUUGUCAGAUUCAACAGACUUCUAGUUUUGUACAUUAUGUAUACUUUACCCUGAAAUAAGAGAAUUGUUAUGUAUUUCUAGUUCUCUUUAUUUUUUUCUUUUGUUAAUUUUUUUUUUUUUUUACCUAAAUGUGCAAUACCUUCAGCAAACUGCUAGUUUUACGUGAUGGGCUUAGCCUGUGUUAGCUGUCCUCUGAAGGUAAAAAAAAAAGUUUGGUACUGUCGAUCCAUGUUUUCCUUUUUUAUGAAUAAGAUCAAUUUUAAUUUCUGUGAUUUUUUUUAUAGUUAUGAUGUUACAUAUUCGGUCUUACCCUAAAAAAUUUCAGCCAGUUUAUUUCACUCACACUGGUCUGACUUUUUGUUAUUAUGGUAAUCUAAGGGUUAUUAGUAUGUUAAGAAACACAAACAAGUGAGUAAAUACCUACAAGGAGUCACGUUAUUUUAUGGUGCUGGUUUGUAAUAUUUGCUAGAGAUUUCAGCCAUGCUACUAGUUAGAAUUUCUGGAUCUGCACAUCAACUGCAACCAAUGAAAAUAAAGAAUAGGCACUUGGAAUUCAGUGCCACCUCUGAAAAAUGUACUGCACAUUAAAGAAAUACACUUUA